CGCGCAUGCUCAGUUGCUCGGUUUUGUCCGGACAUUUUCGCCUCUUUGUUUUACCGAAAGUGGAUUUAACUCGGAUUCAGCCUCAGAUCAAGCAGCCUGUUAUGCUCUCAAACAGCGACGUGAUGCAGAAUCAAUAAUACCUCGUGUCAAAACAAAGGUGGCAGCCAGAUAGAGGACAGCAAAGAGAUGGCGGCAUUGGGGAACCCCGAGAUGCUGACCAGGAAGAUCAAGUUGUGGGACAUCAAUGCCCACAUUACCUGUCGUCUGUGUGAGGGUUACCUAAUUGAUGCCACAACAGUAACAGAAUGUUUACAUACGUUCUGCAGGAGCUGCCUGGUGAAAUACCUGGAAGAGAACAACACUUGCCCAACGUGCAGAAUUGUGAUUCAUCAGAGCCAUCCUCUACAGUAUAUUGGCCAUGACCGAACAAUGCAAGAUAUUGUCUACAAACUGGUGCCUGGACUUCAAGACGCGGAGUUGAAAAAACAGAGAGACUUUUAUCAGAAACUUGGUAUGGAAGUGCCUGGAGAUGUCAAAGGUGAAAUGUGCUCGACAAAGCCACACUUAGACCCACAACGAAAUGGUGAAACAAAACCAGAAGACACAUCAAACAAAGAGACAACAGAAGAGAAGCAGGAGGAAAAUAAUGAUUACCACAGAAGUGACGAGCAGGUAAGCAUCUGCUUGGAAUGCAAUAGCAGCAAGCUGCGGGGAUUGAAACGAAAGUGGAUCCGCUGCUCAGCACAGGCCACAGUCCUACACUUGAAGAAGUUCAUUGCCAAAAAGCUCAACUUGGCAUCAUUUAAUGAGUUGGAUAUUUUAUGCAAUGAAGAAAUCUUGGGCAAGGACCACACUUUGAAAUUCGUAGUCGUAACGAGAUGGAGAUUUAAGAAGGCACCCCUCCUGCUGCAUUACAGACCUAAAAUGGACUUACUGUAGGACAGACCGGUUGUUUUGGCCCAAGACAGUGCAAUGUUGUUAUUAUGCAGAGACUAUCAUCCAGCACGUCAUGUGACGCGAACCAGCAAACCACACACAGGAACUUCUGAUACUGUAACCGUGGGGAAAAAACAACCUUACUUUGUCCUCUGAGUCCUAGAUAUGUGAAAAAUUCAAGGAAAGCAUAUAUUUAUACUUUUGUACAGAAGAGAAAAUGGAAAAGGCACCAAGACACUACUGGUGCUUUAGUUUACAAAAACAAAACACUUUACAGUUUUGUACUUUCGGACACACUUCUUCCUUUGCUGCAAAACUACCAGGCUUUAUAUUUUUUACACCCAAACCAAUUUUGAAACAAAUCGGAUGCA